AUGAUCCGACGCACCUUCUCCCGUAUUACUCGCAUGGACUUCCAGAUACCCUAUGGGGCCUACGUCAGACCGUUCCUGGAGUAUGCCAACCAAGUUGUCUACUCAGGACGCACGAAAGACGUCACCCUCAUUGAGCGUGUCAGGCGGACCGCUACGAGAAUGGUUGCGGGCCUCAAAUCCGUGGGCUACGAAACGCGAUACGCGAUGCUUGAUCUCUUUCCCCUGGAGUACCGUCGCCUCCGAAAGGACCUAAUCCUUACUUAUGCUCUGUUUGAACAAAGCUUGGAAAACAGGUUUUUCACCGUUGACCCGGCAAAUACACAGCGGGGACAUAGGACCAGAAAAUAUCACGAGGAUGGAUGCCAAAAAGGGUUUGGGCAUCUGAGUCUUCUCAAACUUGUCCUUCUCACUGCACCAUGA